GUGAGACCGGUGCGGGCGUGAGCGGUGCAGGUGCAGCGGGCGGGGGUGGGCGGGGUUGUGCAGCGUGAGAGUGGGUCCUGAGGGCCCGGGCGCGCCGUCAAGAUCGUUUGGUCAGUUGUCACGGGCAUGGCGGGGCGCGGCGGCGGCGGUGGGUACGAGGUGCCCGCCGGCCUCCAGGAGCUGCUCAUCGAAUUCACGGUAGCGGUACUGGUGGAGCGGCCGUCGGACCUCCUCGCCUAUGCCUCCGAGUACUUCAACCGCAUGUAUGAGGACCGCCUCAAGCAGCCCACGCAGCCGUCCGAGUCGGAGGAGUCCAUGAUCACGGACGAGGACGACGACGAACCCAUGCCAGGAUCAAAUGGGCGAGGUGCUGGACGCGAUGUUCGAGAGGAAGGUGACAGCAGGGGAGAAUGUCAUCAAGCAAGGCGACGAUGGAGAUAACUUUUAUGUUAUAGAAUCGGGCGUCUUUAAUAUCUAUGUGAAGACUGAUAGUGACUCAGAACCACGGUUAGUUGGGAAGUACGACAACGCCGGCAGCUUUGGUGAACUGGCACUAAUGUACAACCUGCCUCGAGCUGCCACUAUCCAGGCUGUAGCCCCAGGAGCUCUGUGGGCCAUGGAUCGCCAGACCUUCAGGAGGAUUCUGCUCAAGUCCGCCUGCAAGAAGAGGAAAAUGUAUGAGUCCCUCCUUGAGAAUGUGCCCAUGCUGAAAACCCUUGAGAAAUAUGAAAGGAUGAACCUGGCAGAUGCCCUGGUGCCCAAGGUGUACAGUGCAGGGGAGCAGAUUAUCAUGCAAGGAGACUCAGCAGAUGGCAUGUACUUCCUUGAGGAUGGCACCGUGCGCAUCACCAUGACCAACUCGGAAAACCAGGAGAAGGAGAUCAGUCGAGUUUCAGUAGGAGGCUAUUUUGGAGAGCUUGCUCUGGUGACGAAGAAGGCACGAGCAGCUUCAGUGUAUGCAUGUGGGAAAGCCAAACUUGCUUUCCUUGAUGUGGAAGCCUUCGAGCGCCUUCUUGGACCUUGCAUGGAUCUGAUGAAGCGCAAUAUCGAAGAUUAUGAAAACGAACUCCUUAGGAUCUUUGGCUCGAAGGCUAACAUCUCUGACAUCCGAUGAAGAACCUCCUCAAGUUCGUAGCUCACUCGACGGUCACCAAUGUUAAUGCGUCUGAGGGUGGUAGGUGGUGGAAAGGGGGAAAGGGUUAAGGGGGAUAUCUCCUCAUCCAUCCUAAACCAAGGUGAAAAUGAUGACCAAGAAAAUUGUGAAGGAGAUAUAUGUUAAUUCUGAAGAUGAUAUGAGGAGAAGGAGGAAUUUAAGAAAAAUAGAAGAAAUGAAUGAAUAUAUAUGACUAAAAAAGAUGAUAGUUGUAACCAUGUAGCUCAUGUUAGCUUGGGAUUCCUUAGUUUUCAUGCCUUUUGGCCUAAGUGAACAUUGAGGUCGAUUAAUAUCUCCUCUGUGUUUGUGAGUGGUUGCUCUCUCUCUCCAGUAAAGCAAACCAACUUUCUGUUCUCAUUUUUCCCUAGCUGAUUGAAACAAAAAAUUACUUGAUUUGGGUGAUUAGAACAUGUUUUCCUGUUUGGCAGAGCUAUAUAUGUUAUUUUUGUUUUCAAUGAUUAUGAAUUUAUAUUACCAUUGGAUCCUUGGCUGUCAUAUGUGUUAAUAUAUUGUUUCCCUGUAAAAGGAUGCAAUUUUAAUUCUGAAUUCCAUAAUACAGUUUCAAUAGAUGGGACACCUCAGUCGUAUAGAGCAAUCUAUAUAUAUAUAUAUGAAUAUAUACAUUACAUAAAUUAUAUACACAAUCUAAAAUUGCACCUCAGAAACCUUUGUAAAUUACCAAGAGCUUCCUUAGGUGCAAGUUUUUGACUUUUAUGUUAUAAAGAUUUUUCUUUUCUUUUUUUUACCUCUUGCCUUGAGGUUGUCCCCUAUUCUUGAUUUUUUUUCCAUUUGACAAAUGAGAAAAUAUACAUAGAUAAAAACAAAAAGAAAAAAAAUAGUUCUUCUAUUCUAAGAAGGAAUUAUUGUCAUUCUUACCUGUGGUUAUCUGUUAACAUUUAUGUAGAUUACUGUAAUUUUGUCUAGUGUAUAGAACUUGUGUUCUCUCCUCUAUUUUAAUUCAUGUUGGUGAACUCCAAGUCCCUGUAAAUUCUUGUGUGAUUUUUUGCCCUUUGAGAGGUGCUACACUUAAGAAUUAUACAUAUAUCAAAACUAUUAUUAUGUCAGGCCUAUAAUGUACUUUUUUAAAAACCAGCAUACUUUCAUAAAUUUUGAGGGGCCAAAAAAAAACAAAAAAACAAAAACAAAAAAAAAACAAAAAAAUGAAAGUGAGAAUGGACAGAAGAAAAAAACAAAAAUAUAAGUAAAAUUGUGUAAUAGCUAUAUCUUUCUCUAUAUUUUUUCCACGUUACUUAAGUUCACAUUAAGAAAGAAAAGAGGCCUUUUGUUUCAAUGGUUCGGGUGGUUUUGUGUAACUGAGAAAAAGAAGAAAAAAAAUUAUAUAUGUGCCUCAUCUUUAAUUUCUCAGGAUUUACGUUUUUUUCCAAAAUCAUUUUUUAGUCCCCUGCAUCAUAGUCUGUAGACAAUUAAAUGUACCCCAGUAAAAUGGUAGAGUC